UCACAGCAAACCCAACAAAUGGCGACCCGGAAAGUCACCCUGAAGCUCCUAAUCAACAAGAAAACCAAGAAAGUACUGUUCGCCGAAGCAGGCAAAGACUUCGUCGAUUUCCUCUUCACCCUCCUCUCAUUCCCGCUAGGAACCGUGAUAAAGCUCCUGUCCAAGAACAAAAUGGUUGGCUGCCUUGGUAAUCUGUACGAGAGCAUCGAAGAGCUCAGCGACACAUUCUUCCAGCCCAACCUAGGGAAGGCCACGGUUCUGAACCCAAAACUCCCCUCCCGUCCAUGCGGCAGCACCAUUUUGUUGUCCGACGGCGGCGAAAAUGAUGGAACGGGAGCAACCAGGAAGUUCUACAUGUGCGGGACUCAUCACCACAGGAAUGUGGCUGAUAACCCGCAAGCAAUCUGUCCUCAGUGCAGCGGUAGGAUGCAAUACGAGAUUCCCUUUGUAAUUGCUCCUGCAGCUGCAGCUGGGAAUGAUGGAGCAGGGGAUAUGAACAGUCAAGAAGGUGGGUUUGUGAAGGGAGUCAUAACUUACAUGGUAAUGGACAAUCUGGAGGUUAAGCCCAUGUCUACAAUCUCCAGCAUUACUAUGUUGAACAAGUUCAACAUUCAGGAAGUUGGUGCCCUUGAGGAGAAGGUCAUUGAGCUGGGAGUGGACGAGGGGCUGGAUCUGCUUAAGGCCUCUCUGCAGUCCCAGACAGUUCUGACAAGUGUUUUCCUUGGAGCAUGAAGUGGUGGCCGGUUCGCAGGGAUUAGUUCAUGUUCUCCAAUAUUGUUGCAAUGUUGGAGAAAUGGGUUUCAAUUUGGGUUUGGUUUCGCGAGUGAUUAUUCUACUAUUAUCAGUCUUGUUACGUUUUAGUUUUUUUUCAAUGACUUUUGGAUUUGGGAGUUGAGAGUGCGCCUUGUUCUACUUCAAGGCUAGCUAUGUCAUAAUUUGAAUGAAUGUUGUCUAAUUUU